GCGUGGGGGAGGUGGGGGGUGCGUGGUCAGCCGAGCAAAUCCGCCCACCCCGAGCCUGUCGGCCCGUGGGCGUCGGCAACCAGUAUCCCGGCCUGGUGUCUCAGAAAAUCCCGAGCCAACCGGGUUCUGCGCGCGGCCCCUCCAACCGCGUGCGCUUCCUUUUGACCUCUGGAGGGUUGAACCCCUCCCAGGCCGGGUCCAGUCAGCCUUCCCGGGGCAAGAUCGACCAACCUCUCUCGUCCCCAGGAGCCCCCGCUGGCGGGCACCUCCGCCUGGCCAGAGCAGAGUCCUGGCCCGGGGUCGUGCAGUCCAAGGGGCUGGAUGGCAUGCUGGACCCAAGCUCAGCUCAGCGUCUGGGCCCAAUAACGGCUUUUCCAAGGGAGCAGCUUUCUGUCCUGGCCACACUAAGGUGCAUAGCGUAAUGUCCAUGUUGUUCUACACUCUGAUCACAGCUCUUUUGAUCGGCAUACAGGCAGCACCGCACACGGAGAGCAAUGUCCCAGCUGGACACGCCAUCCCUCAAGCCCACUGGAUUAAACUUCAGCAUUCCCUUGACACAGUCCUCCGCAGAGCCCACAGCGCCCCGGCUGGGCCGAUAGCCGCCAGGGUGGCAGGGCAGACCCACAACAUCACUGUGGACCCCAAGCUUUUUAAGAAGCGGCGACUGCGUUCACCUCGCGUACUGUUCAGCGCGCACCCCCCACCUGUGGCCGCAGACACUCAGGAUCUGGACUUGGAAGCGGGCGGGGCCGCCUCCUUCAACAGGACUCACAGGAGCAAGCGGUCGUCAUCCCACCCCGUCUUUCACCGGGGGGAGUUCUCGGUGUGCGACAGCGUCAGCGUGUGGGUGGGGGACAAGACAACCGCCACGGACAUCAAGGGCAAGGAGGUGAUGGUGCUGGGAGAGGUGAACAUCAACAACAGUGUGUUCAAACAGUACUUUUUUGAGACCAAGUGCCGGGACCCCAACCCCGUGGACGGCGGGUGCCGAGGCAUCGACGCGAAGCACUGGAACUCAUACUGUACCACGACCCACACCUUCGUCAAGGCGCUGACCAUGGACGACAAGCAGGCCGCCUGGCGGUUCAUCCGGAUCGACACGGCCUGCGUGUGCGUGCUCAGCAGGAAGACUGGGCGGAGAGCCUGAUCUGCAGCAGCCCCCAACCCCUCCCUGCUCCCCUCUACACUCUCCUGCGCCCCGCCCUACCUCAACCUGUAAAUUAUUUUAAAUUAUAAGGACUGCAUGGUAAUUUAUAGUUUAUACAGUUUUAAAAAAUCAUUAUUUAUUAAAUUUUUGGAAGCA